GAUUGAACGGAUGACAUUGGUUCCAUAGGAAUGCUAACCAUUGAUGAGCCGAAGGACUGUAGAGGCUCAUUUUCAUCACUUUAUUGCUGAGAAAGGAUAAGUUUAAGAACUCUAAUAGGUAGAGUUCUUGAAAGCAAGAUUGAUACUUUAUAUUAAAAGGUAUGUGAAAUUAUUUGUACUUUUGGUAGUUCUUUCUUUUUUUUUUUUUUUUUUUGUAACUUUUUUAUAUAAUUUAACAAUUUCUUCUUACCGUGGUGGUGGGCGAGGAGGAACCUUUUGAUUUUGUGUCUUUUAACAGACUUGAGUCAAAUUGUUCCUCCUUGAUGGGGGGAACUCCGCCAUUAUUAUAAUGCCGGUCCCAAUCCCGGGCAAAGGAGGAGGGCUCCCCAUCCCCUUGAAUUGAUCUAUGGAUGCAGGUGGAUGCGUGUAUCUAGAUGUUAAAUUGCAGGUUGAAGAUGUAUGUCAGGAAACUGCAACUUGUCAACAAAAAAAGACCGACCUUGAAGCAUCAUGGAAAGGCACGUUGGGCGGUUCAUAUAGUUCAAGUUUCAAGGAGGAAGCACGGAGAAGAUAUCAACGUUGGAUGCAGGAGAAAUUAGAAGAAGAAGCUAAGAGUGGAAGGCAUGUGCAGAGUGUCUUAACAGAGAGAGAAAUGAACAUAGGAGGGGCUACCAAAGGUGGAGGGAGAACAAUGCAGAGCCAGGGAGCCUGGAAGUUGUAUGCUGUCUCAUCACUACUCGAAUUUUUUGGGCCUAAUAGGUGGAGAACAAUGCCAUAUACAAAGUUGAGAUUAAGAAUAAAUACAACCACGUUGCAGAAUCUGAGCAAACCUCACUCUCCACCUCUUGGCCCAUUCCAGGCCAAAGAUACCAAGGCCAAAUCUGAAAGCCCCCAAGACUCUCGGCUUCUGAUGAAGGAAAGGGGUCGAACUACUUUUGCCUUUACCUCUCAUUUGGAUUAAAGAACCACCGGCUUGAGGUGACGAUGACUCACCGACAUUUCUGUGCCCUCUUCUCCUUUUCCUCCCAUCAGUUUUGGCUUUCAGCUUUUCUUUCAUCACUUGAGAGUCAUCCCUCUAUCUUCGGCCAUUUCCCUACUGCUUGCUGUACAGUUUGUUAAACCCUCGUAUCUAAACAUUACAUUGCGAUUACACAUAAACAUUUACGGACAAAGCAUGAAUACAACUCCAAAUAUCCUUUGCCAUUUUAAUCUUCUGUGCUCUCAACAAAGGAUUCGGAAGCUCUUGCAUUUUCCUGCCAUCGCAUACCCAGUAAUUACAAACCAACUAAAUCCGAUGCUUUUUCUCAUUUGAACCAAAACAAACUUAACUUCCAUCAAUUUCCCAAGUUUAUACACCAACCAUAGAACAACGACGUAGGUAUAAUGUUUAGUAUCAGGUUUAUUCGAAAACCCGUUACAAACUUCUCUUCCUACUCACUGCUAUCAAUGUCAAUUAUAUUUCUUCCCCGAAUCACUCAGUCAAGGAGAAAUGUCAGCUAGCUUCAGUCAAAACCCUAAACCAAAAGAGUAAUUACAGCAUUAGCAACAGUCGAUUUUUAGUUUAUACCGUGGAAUCAACCAAAAACAAAUCAUCGAUUCAAACCCUAAACAGUUCUCAACUUCUCAUCUCAAAAACCUAACUAUGGCAGGAGCUCAAAAUAACAUGGUUCUUGAUUUGGCUACUGAAUUUAAUAAUGCUACUCUUGAGUUAGGGGAUGCGUCUGAACCAAUUGUUCAUCAUCACGAAGGCGAUGUAGUAGAAGAAGAAGGUGAAUCUCAAUGGGAUAUAUGUUUGAUAGGGAAAAUCAUCAUUGAAGGAAAAAUGGGUCAUAAGGCUGUGGAAAAACAUAUCAAGUUCACUUGGUGGUUCAUUCCUCCUGAAGGUCUUUGAAAUAGCUGAAAAUAUUAUGGUGUUCAAAUUCAAGGAUUGGGAUACUCUUAAGAAGGUGUAUGAUACACGACCUUGGUCUGUUGAUGGUAAUCUGAUUAUCUUACAUGAUUACAAUCACUUGGCUCUGUAUCAGGAGUUGGAUUGGGUGAAUCAGUGCUUCUGGAUUCAAUUGCAGCAUAUACUUCCGGAGCACAUGAAUGUUAAGGCAGUGGAAGCAAUGGGAAAACUGAUGGGAGAUGUUAUAGCUAUUGACCCUCCUAACGCAAUACCAACGGCUGAUGAACCUGUGAUGCAAAUCAAUAUUAAUAGUCCUCCAAGGAGGGGUGUAAUGGCAAUUACAGCAUCGGGGGGAUGACAAGAUGGAUACGUUAUUUCUAUGAAAAACAGCCACAUCAUAUAGUGGUAGGAGCUUGUAAGGCGGCUGCCGAGUAUCUGGUGGUAGCUCACAAGAAACCUCAUGUAUUUGGCAGUUGGGAAGGUGGAAGAAGAAAGCUCUCAGUUCAAAGAAAGGAUACAGCUCAACCUCCGACACAGAAUCCUAAGAAGUUUGCAAAAAAAAGCUCCCUUUGUACCACCUCAAGAUGGAAUGAUAAUUUUCAAGAACAACCAAGUAGAGGAGAUUAAGGAUGAUGAAAGGAGCAGUAAUGCUAGGCUGGGUAAGAGGCAGAGGAACAACCAAAACUUGGCCAAUGAACCUAAUUUGGAUCGGUUAAACUUCUCCAUGCUCAAUUCUGAUAUGCAAGGAGAGACACAAGCAACACAAAGAGCCACGAUGAGAGAGACACAAGCUAACAACACGGGUGGGAAAACUGAGGUAUCCAUCUUUGCAUUUGUUUUGUCCUUCAAUUUGUCUGCUGAUUUUGAAACUUGCCUGCAUUAUUGUAGUUUUACUCUUUCCUUGGAAAAUAGUUCUGAUUUCUUAUACUCCAAAAUGAAAAUCUUGAGCUGGAAUGUGUGUGGUUUUGGAAAUAAUACUACUAGAAACCAUCUCCAAAUGCUUAUUAGGUCGCAUAAUCCUGAUAUCAUAUUUCUCUCAGAAACUAAGAAUAAGCUAAAAAGUAUGCAAUAGUUAAUUGCUAGGUUUAAAUUUCCAAAUGUUAUUUUCUGUGAGCCUGUGGGUUUGUCUGGUGGUUUAUGUUUAAUGUGGAAGGAUGGAAUAGACCUUCAAGUUCUAGAUAUUAAUUACAACAUCAUUAACUGCCUUGGCAGAUUAGAUAGCAGAUGUGAGAAAACAUUUCUUACUUGUAUUUACGGUGCCCUUCACAAUGAAAAUAGAGGAAGGCAAUGGAAUUACCUCAGGGAUAGGAGACACCAUAAUGCUGAGUCUUGGGUUGUUAUAGGUGAUUUAAAUUUUAUAUUAUCUAAUCAGGAAAAAGAGGGAGGGAAUAUUGUCCCUCAAUCUGAGCUAGAUCAGGCUAUCCUUAGCAAUAAUGACCUUCACAGUUUGGAUUACAUAGGGAACCCUUACACUUGGUCAAAUAGAAGAGAAGGGGAGGAUUUGAUUCUAGAGAGGUUAGAUAGAGCAGUAGUGACUCUUGAUUGGCUCGAUAAAAAUCCUAAUGCUGGCUUAUAUCAUUUGACUGUCAUGGGUAGUGACCAUUGUCCCGUUCUUUUAGUGACGUCCAAGAAAGAUAAUACUACUAAAAAGCCAUUUAGAUUUAGGGACACUACUUGUGCUGAGGUAAUUAAGAAUAAUUGGAACUGUAAUACGCCGGGCUCGUAUGUCUUUAAAUUUUCUAAGGGUCUUAGUACUACUAAACAUAUCCUAAGAGAUUGGAACUACAGACAGUUUGGUAAUAUCUCUUCUCAGAUAGCUAAUCUUGAAUAUCAACUAGCUAACAUGACGAGGAAUAGGCAGAAUCAUGAUACUGCUAGGAUAGAAGAGCUCACCAAAAAUCUGAAAUUUUGGUAUGAUGUUGAGGAGGAUUACUGGAAACAAAGAAGUAAAGAAGAGGCUAGGAAGUUUGAUGAUAGGAACACUAGUUAUUUCAGAUAAUACUACUAAAAAGCCAUUUAGAUUUAGGGACACUACUUGUGCUGAGGUAAUUAAGAAUAAUUGGAACUGUAAUAUGCCGGGCUCGUAUGCCUUUAAAUUUUCUAAGGGUCUUAGUACUACUAAACAUAUCCUAAGAGAUUGGAACUACAGACAGUUUGGUAAUAUCUCUUCUCAGAUAGCUAAUCUUGAAUAUCAACUAGCUAACAUGACGAGGAAUAGGCAGAAUCAUGAUACUGCUAGGAUAGAAGAGCUCACCAAAAAUCUGAAAUUUUGGUAUGAUGUUGAGGAGGAUUACUGGAAACAAAGAAGUAAAGAAGAGGCUAGGAAGUUUGAUGAUAGGAACACUAGUUAUUUCAGAUGAUACUACUAAAAAGCCAUUUAGAUUUAGGGACACUACUUGUGCUGAGGUAAUUAAGAAUAAUUGGAACUGUAAUAUGCCGGGCUCGUAUGCCUUUAAAUUUUCUAAGGGUCUUAGUACUACUAAACAUAUCCUAAGAGAUUGGAACUAUAGACAGUUUGGUAAUAUCUCUUCUCAGAUAGCUAAUCUUGAAUAUCAACUAGCUAACAUGACGAGGAAUAGGCAGAAUCAUGAUACUGCUAGGAUAGAAGAGCUCACCAAAAAUCUGAAAUUUUGGUAUGAUGUUGAGGAGGAUUACUGGAAACAAAGAAGUAAAGAAGAGGCUAGGAAGUUUGAUGAUAGGAACACUACCACAAGGCAAAUUUUAGGAGAAGGAGAAACAAUAUAGACUCUUUACAAAAUAAUAUGGGGAUUUGGUUAACUGAAAGAGAAGAGAUAUCUGAAGAACUUAAAAGACAUUUUUUUAGUACGAGUAGAACCACAAACCCACCUGAUCCUGCUUCAUAUUUGAAUGAUGUUAGUUCUUGUAUUACUUCUGCUGAUAAUGACAUGUUGACUGCCAUUCCUACUGCUGAAGAGGUAAGAAGGAUUGUUUUUGAUAUGAAACCAUGGACAACACCAGGUCCUGAUGGUUUCCCACCUGGUUUUUACCAGUUGAUGUGGGACACUGUUGGGCCUGAUGUUGUUAAUAUGGUUAAAGCUUUUAUUCAUUCACAUCAUGUGCUUAAACAGUUGAAUCAUAACUUUACUGCUCUAAUUCCAAAAAAUAAUAAUCCUAAAGGUGAUGUUGAUUUUAGACCCAUAAGCUUGUGCAAUGUAGUGUACAAAAUCAUAUAAAGAAUCCUUGCUUCUAGGCUUAAACUAGUAUUGCAUAAAGUUAUUUCACCAUCACAAACAGCAUUCAUAGCAGGUAGACAAAUACAAGAUAAUAUAAUAAUUGCGCAUGAAGUCACUCACUCUAUGAAAAAAACUAAGGCCAAAGAUGGUGGAAUUGCUAUAAAACUAGAUAUGUCCAAGGCUUUUGAUAGGAUAGAGUGGAAGUUUUUGAUUGAAAAUUUGAAAAAACUUGGCUUCUCCGAUGCUUGGUGUGAAAUGAUUGAAGAGUGUAUCUCAACUGUCUCUACCUCCAUUCUUCUUAAUGGCGCUCCAGGUAAUAUUUAUCUCCCAAUGAGAGGUUUGAGGCAGGAUGACCCCUUGUCGCCUUAUUUUUUAUUCUUUGUAUGGAGUGUUUUCUAGGAAUCUUAAUAAAGCAGAACAGGAAGGUCUAAUUCAUGGUUUUAAAGUUGCUAAAAAUUGUCCUCCUAUAACUCAUUUGUUCUUCGCAGAUGACUGCUUGAUUUUCAUAAAAGCAAGAAAUAAAGAUGCGAGAAACCUUGCAGCCAUAAUAGAGCAGUUUAGCAAAUAUUCUGGACAAGCAGUAAAUUUUGAUAAAUCUGCUAUUGCUUUUAGCGUUAAAGUGCCACCUAAUGUGAAAAUUGAUUUGUCUAACAUUUUGCAAAUUAAAAGAAUGUCCUUGCAGGAAAAAUAUCUCGGUGUUCCUCUUCUCUUGCAGAAACAUAAAGCCGAAUCUUUUACUCACUUGCUGGAUAACUAUAGGGGUAAUUUAGCACCUUGGAAGUCUAAGUUCAUAGCUGCUCCAGGUAAGACAGUCCUUACCCAAACUGUUCUAGGUAGUAUGGCCAAUCACCAUUUAUCUGUUUUCCCCAUGCCAACUAGCAUAACUGCAAAGAUGGAUUCAAUUCAAAUGAAUUUUUGGUGGGGGAAACAGGAAAGU